UAAUCUUAAACUAAAGGCACCCUUCACAGGGUGGAACCCACGGUCCGAACCUCGGUCUCAUUCCCAUGCAACCCUGGCUCGACUGAGACUCUCUCUCUGGUGAAGCAAAGUCGGUGGUCCCCAAAAAUGCUCUCAAUCAGGACACGAGUCAUUACUCCAAGCCUUCUAGUCAUCACCUACCUCAGCUCCUACAUUUCCUCUCUCUCUCUCUCACGGUUCAAAGCCAAGCCACCACCAAUGGCAUCAAGAUAGUCAUGUUCUUCUCUCUCCUCUCUCAAACCUCACCUCUCUUUUCUCUCUCUAAAAAACUCUCUUUUCUUCAUACCUUAACCAAAACUCUCUCUCGCCUCACCAUAACCAAAACCAUAUCCACAUCCACCAUGGCUAUAAACUUGAAGCCCCAUGCUUUUGCAGGCAACCCUUUGAGAUCCAAGACCCCAAAAGCUGAAGACCCAUUUGCACCAAUCCCAGCCCUUGAGACCCUCAAGACCCAGCUCUUAGAUUCCACCACUGAGCACCAUGUCUCUCCACCUACUUUCAAGGUCCUACCUUUCAGAAAAGGCAGGCCCUUGGCAUCUUCCAAUGGUGGGGUUGGUGACUUGGUACCAAAUUGGAAUCUGGGUUGGAUUAGUUUGGCUGAUUGUAAAGAUUACUUGGCCAAUUCUGGGGUCCAAUUGAAUGGGGACUCCUUGGUUUAUCUGGGUUCCAGGCCUGAGGAUGAUGUUGUUUAUUGGGCUAUUGAUGUUUCUGAUGAGGGUGGUCUGGUUACUGAAUUUGCUACCAAGCAGCUCAGUUUUGUUGAGGUUAGGACGCUAAUGGUAGCCACAGAUUGGGCUGAUUCCGUGGCUAUGGGGGAAUUGGCUAUUGCUGGACAUGCCAGGGCAUUGCUAGAAUGGCAUAGCAUAUCAAGAUUUUGUGGACACUGUGGUGAGAAAAUGGUCCCCAUAGAAGCUGGGAGCCGAAAGCAAUGUUCAAAUGAGUUAUGCAAAAAGAAGGUUUAUCCUCGUGUUGAUCCGGUUGUCAUUAUGUUGAUCAUUGAUAGAGAGAAUGACUGUGCACUCUUAAGCAAACAAUCAAGAUUUGUACCCCGAAUGUGGAGUUGCUUAGCUGGUUUUAUAGAGCCAGGAGAAAGCUUGGAAGAGGCUGUGAGAAGAGAAACAUGGGAGGAGACUGGUAUUGAAGUAGGAGAAGUUGUAUAUCAUAGUUCACAGCCAUGGCCUGUUGGGCCAAGUAGCAUGCCGUGCCAGUUGAUGGUUGGGUUUCAUGCAUAUGCAAAAUCACUAGAAAUAAAUGUGGACAAGGAAGAGUUGGAAGAUGCUCAGUGGCAUAAUAGGGAAGAUGUGAAAAAAGCUCUGACAUUUGCUGAAUACCAAAAAGCUCAAAGAACAGCUGCAGUCAAGGUAGAACAGAUGUGCAAGGGGGUUGAGAAAGGACAAAACUUGGCUGCGGAUUUCAAUGUGGAAAGCGGUGAACUUGCAACCAUGUUUGUCCCAGGGCCAUUUGCUAUCGCCCAUCAUCUCAUAUCUUCCUGGGUCUACCAGGAUUCAUUCAAUGGUGUUGAAGCUCAUUUAAAACUACCUAGAAGUGGUUCUAUGUCGAGUUUGUAGUAGUGGUCAACUAAUUUUUAAGACAACACAAAAGCUAGCAUCCUACAUUCAAAAUAAUAGUCAAGAGUCUUGUAUCAUCGUAGUUCAGUCCUGUAUCCUGAUUCUCAAGAUGGUAAAGGGUAUUUGGUGCCUCAAUCCCAUGGAAUGUUAUUACGUCGAUGUUGUGAAUAAUACUACCUCCAAAAUGAGAAAGUGAGAAAGAGAGAGAGCAGUGUUGGUGCUACCAACCUCCCUCAUGGUGGCUGGUGGCAUGUAUUGCAUCCAUUAAGGUCGAAGGUGUGAUAGUGAAAGAUGAAGAGCAGUUUCUUCCCUUCAUUUAAUUUAUUUUCUUAUAGUUGGCAUACUGUUUUCUUCUUAUCCAAAAAUAAUUCAAGUAUGUAUCUUGUUAAUUGUUAUACAUUUGAAUCAUUCAUGUAUAUCAUGUUCGAAAGCUUGUUAUUUAACACUUUUCAAACUGAUUCGAUUGUAUCUUAUAUUUUUUCCAAUUCAAAUAUAAAAGA